AUGGGAGUGCUCAUGUCUAAGAAGCAUCAGGUGGAGAAGGUGCAGAAAUGCACCUCGGUCGUCUCCGCCUUUCAGCAGGGGUUAAAGGAACGCGCCCCAUCCACAACAAACCAGGGGGAAGGAUCCGGAGAGGGAAGAGAGGGGCCGACUGAAGCCUCGCCACCACCCAACCCGGAGGAAAAGGAGGAGGCAGAGCACGGGGAGGCAGACAGCAAAGCGGGGCCCUCAGGGACCUCCCAGCAGGCUGCAGCGCCGGCCCCGGCCCCGACCAGGGACGAGUGUAAGGUCAACCAGGAGGCCUGGAAUAGGUUACGGGAUGGAAAGGGGGUGGAGCCUGAGGAUCUGGACAAGACCGGCCAUCAGCUCACCCCACCUGCCUUUGUACGUCCCAAGAGAGAUGCCAACGAUGACCAGCCUAUGGAGAUAGCACUGGGACAGAGAGAGCAGGUAAGGUAGUGUGGGGUACUUUACAAUAAAGGGUUUACUUUGUUCUCUAAACCCCCAAAUUUUGAAGAUGCAUGUGAGAUUUUGAAGGAAUUACCAUGGCAACAGUAGUCUUAUCUCCCGUGAACUCCAGUUGAGUUAGGAUGUUUAGACUGAAAAGAGACCUAAACAUCUGUUAAGUAUGCUGAGUCUUUAGCAUUUCCCCCCCAUAGGUGAGAUAAUGUGUGUUUGAAAAAAUAUAUAUGCUUUUGUCACACCAGCUAUUUUCACUCUACUCCACGGUAGAGCCUUUGUGUUGGCGUCUAAGUGCUCAUCAUAGAGAGCGUGCUGUUGUGUGGGCAGGUACUCAGGCUGUCUCAGUGAGGAGGCCUUGGCCUCAGCCUCACAUCCCAGGGUCACCAUGACUAAUAGUGGUCCUGAGGUGGUCAGAGACGGGGAUGGGGUUCAGGACUGGACCAGAUGACCAAUCAGCCGGUUGUGGCUGUUAGGAAGAGCACACCUUUAUAAUAGGACUCUCAGAGAGGAUUGUGAUUGUUUUUAUGCUUUAUAUCACUCUAAUGGUGCACUCUAAAGUAGAACAGAGAGUGGACUAUUUGCAGUAAUAAGCAAUAAUAUGUUACAGCUGCAGGGACAGUCUAGUGAGGAGCAGAACAAUACAUGUAUAUUAAAACCUGACUGAAACGGAUGGCCAUACUGUAGCAGCAACAGAAUAUUGUUAUUUGUAUUUAUAUUUGUAUUUAUUAAGGAUCCCUACUAGUUCCUGCCAAGGCAGCAGCUACUCUUCCUGGAGUCCAAACACAUUAAGGCACUUACAUUACAUAUAAAACAAAAGAUAAAACAGUACAUCAUAUAACAUUAUUACACCACUACAUAUCUACAAUGCAAAAUGUAUAAUACCAGCACACAACAACAUUACAAUGUACAUGUGUGUCGAGUACGUGUGCUAGCGCUUGUGUGUGUGCGUGUUUUUAUACCUUUAUGUGUGUCUCUUCACAGUCCCCGCUGUUCCAUAAGGUGUAUUUUUUAUCUGUUUUUUAAAUCUGAUUCUACUGCUUGCACCAGUUACCUGAUGUGGAAUAGAGUUCCAUGUAGUCAUGGCUCUAUGUAGUACUGUGCGCCUCCCAUAGUCUGUUCAGGACUUGGGGAUUGUGAAGAGACCUCUGGUGGCAUGUCUUGUGGGGUAUGCAUGGGUGUCCGAGCUGUGUGCUAGUAGUUUAAACAGACAGCUUGGUGCAUUCAGCAUGUCAACACUUCUUACAAAAACAAGUAGUGAUGAAGUCAAUCUCUCCUCCACUUUGAGCCAUGAGAGACUGACAUGCAUAUCAUUAAUGUUAGCUCUUCGUGUACAUUUAAGGGCCAGCCGUGUUGCCCUGUUCUGAGCCAAUUGUAAAUUUCCUGAGUGCCUCUUUGUGGCACCUGACCACACGACUGAACAGUAGUCCAGGUGCGACAAAACUAGGGCCAGUAGGACCUGCCUUGUUGAUAGUGUUGUUAAAAAGCCAGAGCAACACUUUAUUAUGGACUUCUCGCCAUUUUAGCUACUGUUGUAUCAAUAUGUUUUGACCAUGACAGUUUACAAUCCAGGGUUACUCCAAGCAGUUUAGUCACCUCAACUUGCUCAAUUUCCACAUUAUUCAAUACAAUAAUUAGUUGAGGUUUAGGGUUUAGUGAACGAUUUGUCCCAAAUACAAUGAUUUUAGUUUUAGAAAUAUUUAGGACUAAGUUAUUCCUUGCCAUCCAUUCUUAAACUAACUGCAGCUCUUUGAGUUUUGCAGUCAUUUUAGUCGCUGUAGUUAUAAAGAUUAACAUAACACUUGUUACAAAAUAUAAUAGAUAACAGAUAUCAGCCCUAAAUUAAAUUGUUUAUAUUUGGACCUGUAGGAUACUUCACAUAAGAGAGGAAAAUUAGCAGUGCUGUGUUUUUCGUAUAUUAGUUAUCAAGGAGGUACUCAAAGUCUUGGUGGAACCAGAUAUAAUUAUGAUAUUGGCAGGCAAGUUCAGCCUCCUUCAUGAUUGGGUAAAAUCAAUAGAGAAACUUCUCCUUUCCUAUCAGGCUCUCUACAGAAUAACUGUAAUUAGAAUCCUCACACAGGAUGAUUCACACAUAAUGAUACCAGACAAGACAGCUAGAAAAUAUUGUUGAGUUACAUCUGUUUCAUAGUGUGAUGAGAGUAUAGACCGCUAUGUCUCUAGGAAUAGGUUUGAGUAUUGAGUAUGGGGUAUGAUUCCUUCUGGCUAUGGUCACCUGUAAGGGACCAGGUUUGACAAGGUCAGUCCAGAUGACUGUGAAGAUAGUACUGUUUAUCAUCCUGAGGUCAAAGCAGUAUUAGAGGUUAAUACUAAGAGAGUGAAUUUAGUCUGACUGACUGCGCUAUAGUUAAAGUUCCCACUAUAAUAAUUUUGACUGUGUAGACAGUCAGACGUGUUCUGCCUGUAAAUGGAGUCCUGAGGGAUGGACCUGAAAUCAGAGGAGAAGAGAGACACUAAACUGAUAACUCUAAAAUGAUACUUAAGUUUCUAUGAAAGAAAACAGUGCUGUCUAAGAAUUGAAUCCGAACUUGAAUCAUAUUUGUUUGAGUGUAUGGCGUAAUCAGCAGACUGACAAAAAAUUAUUUGCAUUCGCUAUUUGAUGAAUCCAAUACCCUGUCUAGACUGUAACAUUCAGGAGAGGACAGCUAGCCUUCAACAUGGUGCCAUGUGAUUCAAAGCUGUUCUUUCUGACAGUCUUUGUGAGAGAGAGCUGAGUGUCACAGGGGAUUAUUUCUAUAUUUAAACCCUAAUGGAGAAGCUUAAUGGAGUGGGUAUAAAAGUUUGAUUAUGAAAAUAUGUUAAAUGGAUACUUCGGGAUUUUGGCAAUGAAGCCCUUUACCUACUUCCCGUGUGGAUACCAUUUUUAUGUCUCUGUGUCCAACAUGAAGGAAGUUAGAGGUAGUUUCGCAAGCCAAUGCUAAGUAGCGUUAGCGCAAUAACUGGAAGUCUAUGGAAGUCUUAUCUGCUAGCAUGCUAGCGCUAGUUAGCAACUUCCUUCAAACUGCACGCAGAGACAUAAAAAUGGUAUCCACGAGUUCAUCUGACUCUGGGGUAGUAGAUAGUAAUUUACCGUUAUAGGGUCAAGAUCCUCUUUUCAGCCCAUACUACUUAGUCAUUUGGAUAAAUCAGUGACUUCAUAUGCUUCUCAGACAUAUACAGUAGAUGGAUCUUUCAGGUAGUGGAUUUGGAACACAACUGACAAGUCUCCUACAUAGGAUUCAACUCCCACCUCAUGCAUUAGGAGUAUGGUCUUUAACCCAUUGACCUGAUUUGCCUUUUCCCCAGCCGGUGAACGAUGAGAUGUGUGAGGUGUGUGAGGUGUGGACGGCCGACGACCUGUUCCCCUGCAGGACCUGCACACGGGUCUUCCAUGAUGGCUGCCUGAGUGAAAUGGGAUACCUGCGCACCGAACUCCUGCAGGAGAUGAGGGAGACAGCACACACCGCGACAGGCUGGAGCUGCUACUACUGCGUCAGUCACUCAGUCAAUACGCACCUCCCAUUGGCUAUUCACACAGACCAACCACACUCCACAAAGACCGUUUUUUCACCUUUGUAUCAAGCAUGCCCACUACUGUUGCUAUAAACAACACACACUUUAUGAACCGGAACACACCUUGCACCCACACACACAUCUGUGCAGUGUGCUUCUGCAUUGUGUGUAUUCUUUUAAGAUACUUCCAGCCAGAUCCUCUUUCCCUAGUGUAUGUUUAUAAAAAGGCAGUAAUACAUCUUUUGGAGGCAAUGUUGAAUGUGUGCCAAGAUUCUUAAUCUCAUAAUGAAUUCAAUAGCUUGUCUUCAACAUGAAGGGCCCUCCACUGAUCUUUGGAGAAGCAAUGUGCAAUAUGGUAAAACUAAAGUACAGACGGCAUAAGGGUACAUUUCCUAAAGUGCUCUUCAGACUAAAGUAGAGGGCUUCUCUUACAGAUGUAGGAUCUUAAUUUGAUCCCCCAUGUUGCAGGAUAACUUUCUUGUAGUGUAUUUGAGAAUUAAAAAGGCUUCUGAAGUUUGGAAUUUCCACUUGGAAUUUCAGACUUCAUUUUCCCUCAUGCAAAAUGUAAUCAACUCCUACAAAAAUGUCCACUAAUUAUAAUCCACAUAAUAAUUAACAUUUCCUGUUGCUGGCAGAUUCUUUUCCUGCUGUAGCGAACUGGCUCAAAUUAGGAUCCUACACCUGUAUGUUUGCAGACUGUGAGAGUUGAAGCCUAUUGACAGACUUUGUUGAGUACAAAAGAGGCCGUUUUUAGACAGUUUGAGAAGGGACAUCGAAAGGGCCAAUUGACUUGUUCCUCGCUGGCCCACAAUCAGUAUGGGUGCGAGGGAGAAAGUGAAGAGAACAGUGAUAGUGGAAGAGGAUCAAAGUGACAGUGAGAAAAAUACAACUUUUCAUCUAUGAAAGUGCUCAGGAUAGAGUAACCUUUUUCAACUUGUUUGGAUUGUGGAUGAACAAAUACAUUCAAAAAAACUUUAAGCAUUACUCUGGAGAUUAAAAUGUAAAUCGGAAAGAUCUAGGGCAGGUCAUCCAAUUGAUUACUAUUGUUGACACUUAUGCUUAGUUAUGCUCCCUGAGGAUUUCAAAUGGGAUUAUGAACUGAUCUUGAGCAAUAGUUUAACAAACCUGCCAGAGAAUAAACAAACACAUACAAUAGCCAAUAAAGUGGGUUGUGGUGUUUAAUUAGACACCCAGUUCAACACAUCCCACUACGUACAGAAUCAGAUACAGAAAAGCUUUCUCUCUUUCAAACAUGAAGUCAGCAGUCUCCCGGUGCUGAGGAGAUUGAGCACCGUGGAUAUUGAAUGACAGUGAGUGAGUGAGUAUGGUACACAGCCAGCCAGUGGUCCAGGAAACUGCCUCCCCAUGCAGGCUGAUCAAUGCACUCACAAUUAUGGGAUUAUUUGUAGACCCGUAUUGAACGCAGUGUGUUUACGCAAUCCUGGAAAAGUACAAAUGUCACCCAGCAGGCCAUUUCCAGCAGCCCCCAGAUUUGAUUCACCACUCCUGCACCCCUCCUCUUUUGCUGUGCUCCUGUUCUGACACCCCCUCCAGCACCACAGUUCCAAAUCAGUGGCACAGAGGAAGAGUUUAUUUUAUGAUAUCUGGCAGGCAGUUUGGACUCUUUAGCAUACAUGUGAUGAAUAAACUCUUUAAGGGGUACGCCUGUCUUUCCUGGAGCUAUUGUUUAUUUGAUUCCUUAAAGGGGCUAGCAAGAAUGCAAAGAGCACACACAAAGCCCUAGCUUUGGACUCCAUAUCCUGUUUUGAGCUCCAUAUUAGUGCGUAAAAUCUUUAAUCAACAUAUAUUUUGGGGGGUGAUGCUAAUGGAAAAUCAAACGGUCUGAUCUCCAUAACCCUGGGCUAUCCAGAGAUUUCACACAUCAUGGUCAAUUAUCCACCCCAAUUAUUACCGUCUGUCAUCCUCAUCCUCCAACUCCCUCCUCUCAACCUGCUCAUCAGAGAUAGACAGCGUAGAAAGACUCUGCAUCCUCCACACACCUGCUGCAGAUAAUUCACUAAAUGGAAGUUUUAAUGUGUGUUCGACCUGAACUGCACCCUCGCCAAGUUUUUAGUGCCAACACCUUUCUGGAGUAAAAUGGCUGCCAGGCUUAUAUUUUCCUAUUACCAUGGUCGUUUAUUCCAUGACAGUUUCUAAGAAACGAUACUACAAACCAUCUAGUACAUACUUGACACACUUGAUUAUAAGAAUAGCUUGCAUAAUAAGCACACCAGGGCAUUCUGGAUCAUGUCUGACGCACGCUGAACUGAAUAUGGACACACUGCACAUGAAUCCAUUAGGGUAUGCUCCAUUAUAGUGCAUAUGAGUGCAGCGGGGCACACUUUGUGCUGCCCCCUACUUGACUAUAAUAAUAAUAAUAUGCCAUUUAGCAGACGUGAGUUUGUAUCAGAUCUCUCCCCAUUAACAGUGACCUUCCCUCCUUUUUCCCAUAGGACAACGUGAACCUGCUCCUGACUGAAGAGGAGAUGUACAGCCUGAUGGAAACCUUCAAGCAGUGCAAGAUCAUCCCUGGUCAGUCAUAAUGUCAUGGUGGUGCUGCACCUCUAGAAAGCACAGCUGACAGAUCUGCAUUAUCUGGGACAAGUAGGCUUUAUUGGGUAUAGAACUGUAGACAGUGAUUAAUAGAUCAAUACCCCCAGUACAUUGUGUAUACAGGGUUGUUUUCAUACACUUCAAGCAUCUCUGAACCAACCCUCUAAGCACAUAAGCAAAGGGUUACUGAGAACAGAAUGGUGCCAAAAGCUCUCUGUUUUUGUAAUGCACAUGUUCAUAGUAACUAAUCAAUAUGUCUCUGUCAUUAUUGGUAACUACCCGUUACUGUAUGUAUUUGUCAGCAAUUGUCUGUUACAGGUUGCUAUAAAACUGCACUCUAUAUUUCAGCCUGGUUUCCCAUCGUAAUGUGUGAUAUCACUAUUAUGUGUUUCAAGUGAAGGGAUAUCAACGACAGGCGUUCUCGACUUUGUGAUAUUAAUAAUACUCAUUAACUAUUUGUAUCUGGAUCACUGCUUGUGGAGAGUAAUUUGUGGGUGUUGUGAUGAACUGCUCUUGCUGUGUAGAGUCAUGCCUGGUGUCGGAUGAGCUGCUGCAGUUCCGCCACUUUGUGUCCAAGCAGCUGUUUGAGAAGGACCUGUCUGAUGAACAGGAGGAGGAGGUGUUGGCCCAGUUCGCUGCCCUGGACCCAGAGAAGAGGGGCCAGAUCGAGUGGUCUGACUUCCUCUACCACGAGUCCCUGGGAGUGCUCAGGAAGUUCCGCACAGAGGUACCAGAACCCAUCAAAACCCACUAAGCCUGUGGGAAUCAAGUGUGGUGUGUUACACAUUGACACACAUGUGCAUAUAGACACAUACAAACGCAUACACACACUCCAACACACACACACACACACACACACAAACUCUCAUCGUCUGGAUGCCCUUGUUCCCAGAACUCAUUGGUGCGGCUGUUGAGUGCUAAGGAGAGGGACCAUGUGCGGUCAGUGUUCAUGGGUUUGGACCUGGAUAAAGAUGGUGUGGUCACGGGAGCAGAGACCCGCUGGGCCCAGCAGUCCUGGUUUCAGAAGCUCAGCAAGGAGUCCCAUUCCUGCAAUGUGAGGUGAGCAAAACGCUGCUGAGCCCAUGACCAUCCAUCCACAGGAGAUGAGGUUGAGAAGUUAAUUGAAAGUCUGUCACAGACUCACAGUCAGGAGUUUCUACUCAAGGGGAAAAUAGAACUCAAUCAGUACAAGGUCAUGUGAAAAAUGUCUCAAACCUCUUCAAUCCACUUCAUACUCUAGAACUAAUAACGCUUAACAAAGAGAUGUUUAAUUUAACGUGGUGAGAGAUGCAGCAACGUCAUUGACUGUGCCUGAGAGGUGUGAACUAAAGUUUACUGCUGGGGUUUCAUCAGUUUCAUUUCCCCUGUUGCAGCCGAUGAAUUAACUUUUCUGCUUUGCAUACAGGUGCACGGUUAGGGAAAAUAAAUCAUUGAAAUAGAGUGUUUGCUGACAAUUCUAAUGGAGAAAGUCAUGCACACGCCGAAGUGUCAUGAAUCUUGCCCUGGAGGCAGAGCUGAGCGAUUUCCGCUAGAUGGGUCAGUUUAACAAACCUGCCAGAGAUGUUUAUCAUUGGUGUCAGAUCUUGGAGUCCCAUUGGCUGAACUAGUUCUUCUUGGCUGCUCUGAGCUGAAUGGAAUAAUGGACUUGGGUUGAUUUAUAUUACUCACCUCUCUUCAUCUCAUCUCAGUGUUGAUAAUUGCACUGUGAUUGGAGACCUCUCCGAUACUGAUUCAUUCACAAUCAGUAACUGAUUCAGUCAGUGUGUGUGUGUGUGUGUGUGUGUGCGUGCGUGCGUGCGUGCGUGCAAGUGACUGUGUGAAUGGACUACCCUGUACUAACCUCCUUCAUUGUUAUGUGUCAUGUCAUACCAUUCCAUCCACCUUAUCACCUUAUGUCCCAUCCUUCAGACUCAUUGGAUUGUGUUCUCCUGUGAAUUGUGGGUAAGUGACACAGCACCGCAUGGGUUAUCAGUCUUUUUCUUGUCUUUAGUGUCUCCAAGCCCUCAAUCCACAAGUAAUCUCACACAACCUAUUCCUUUUUGACAUUCCACCCAUAAUUUCACUCCCCCCUCUCACCAAGGCCAGGAUAAAGUCAACUUGAGGAAUAAUGGAAUCAUAGAGCAAACACUACAGGUGGGAGCUAUAAAAGUCAAAAAACAAUUGAGAUGUCUAGCCUAUACUCCAAAAGCCCUUCAUAUGAUGAUUCCAUGUUGGUUUGAGCUCUAGAUAAGAAAUAUCCAGUCCUCUCAUUAGAAGGAUCAAAAGACAAGCUUUUGAUCUCCUGUGAGAAGCUCUAGAAGGCUUCCCUCAUCAGCAUUAAGAGGACACGGGGGGGCCAAGUGGACGUGAGAGGGUCUGGUCCCUAUGCCAAGGACUGAGCAUGUAUUCUAAUUCACCUUUUAGGUCAGACACAACAACAAGCUGCUCUAUUAGCUGUGUUUUACAGCUUCUGCAUAGAGCUUACUCACGAUGCAUAAUAUAGACAUAAUAUUAAACCGGAGAGUGUAACAAGACAGAGGAUGUAGCAGAAAGUGUUCAAGUAUUCAUCUUUCAUAGAUGAGGUUCAUAUGCAGAGCAGACCUUGAGCCUCUCUUUUCCUCUAUCUUUAAUAAUUCAUGAGUUGGGCUGUGGCCUGGAAGAGAGCCAUUUGGUUUCAAUAACCCACUGAGAUAUUUUCAGUGGGAAUGUGGUUUUGCACUAGAUUUGCACCUGACCUCUUCACAGCUGAAACAAAUUACUUUUCAAAUCAAAAGGGUGUCUUGUCCUUGGCAUACAUGUUGGAAACUCAAUGCCACCAAUUGUAGUGUAUAGUGAAUCUGUGUUUCUUGUGUGUGUUUACUGGUGCAGUAUUAGCCAUGUUGGCCCCAUAUCUGACAGCAGCCCAGCCAGCUCCAGCAGUGAGAGAAGCACUCAGAAAGAUGAGAAAAGGUAUUUACUAAAUAUAAUUGUGUGUUUGCAGGCCUGAAUGCAUGCCUGAGUGUGUGUGUGUGUGUGUGUGUGUGUGUGUGUGUGUGUGUGUGUGUCUGUCCUAAGUUGACCUAAGUUUAGAGGAUAUGGCUCCCUAACCUCCUCUCUGUCCCAAUCACCAGACCAGUGAGCUGGGAUGACUUCCUGAGGGAAAGUGCCAUCUACAUCCUGGCUGCCCGGCCCAACAGCUCGGCAAUGCACAUCCGCCUGCCACUAUAGCCCAAAAGACCUCACCCUGCAUGGGCCGGGCCCCAUCAUAGAGAGAAGGCCUCCCCUGGAAGUCCCUGUGGAGGACAGGUGGAGAGCCGGUACCAUGGCACUGUAGGGGAAUACUGCACCACUCAGAGACUGGACAGGACAGAACAGAACAAGCCAUCAACAGAUCUCCUGCUUCACACCAUAGAUCAAUGACCAACUGACAGCAACAAUCAACGACCAACUGACAUCACCAGUCAAAGACCCACUGACAACAACAAUCAAUGACCUACAAGUAUUUACUAAGGGUAAAAUGAUAAACAACCUGACAACACAAGCUGACAACCCACUGGUUAUAGACACUCAUGAAACACUGAGGAUAAAAGGCAACAGCCCAUUUUCAACACAAGCCAACAAUUCACUGAUGCUUUGAAGUCUCGUGGUAUCCUGGGUGGCACACUUUCCUCUAAAUGA